AUGGAGAUGUUUGGAAUCAAACGAAGUGAUCUUUAUCCCGAUGUGGAUCACCAGAAGGAGUUGUAUCGAGAGGCUGUUUAUCAGGAUGGGAAGGUCGUCAGAACGGUCCAUGAUUUAAAGCGUAAGAGCGGUAAGUGUUUCAAAGCCAGUGGAUUCAUUCGGUUGCUUAAGGACGAGAUGGGAGAACCCGAUGGCUUUGAAGGUUUAUAUGAGGAUGCCUCCGAUAAGAUCAAACUUCAAGAGCUGCUGGAUCUUCCUACGGAUCGACUGACUGAAGAUCGUGAGCUUUACGAAAAGCUCAAGGAAAACACAAGGCUCAACUUGGACUACAUGACCAGUUUGAGUCAUCAGAUUCGGACUCCUCUUGGCGCCUUGGCUCACAAUCUAGAGGAAGCGAGAAACUGGAUUCCCGAGGAGUCGUCCCUCUGGAGGGAAAUGAGAUACCUAAGCGGGCAAACCCGCGUUUGUAAUAUGUUAGCGCAAAAUCUCUCGUAUAUUGAUCGGAUCUUACAAGGCGAAAAAUUUGAGAAGGAAGUGAUCGAUCUGGCGCGAACUUUGAUUGAAGUAAAGCUUAAUUUCAAGCAUAUGCUGAGGUCCGAGUACCUGGCUCUGCAUGUCGAUGCGGAUACUGUCAACAGGUUCUUUCGAGAGUUCAGGGGAAGCCCUGAGCUCUUUCGGCAAGUUGCGUUCAAUUUAGUCGACAAUGCGAUUAAGUACUCGAGAACCGACACGAGCAUCGAGAUCUACGCUAGCGCGGGAAGAUAUGCAAGCAAUCUUAAUAUAUCAAAUAUCGGAAUACCGAUUCCUGUUAAUGAACGCAGCGCGAUUUUCGAUCGAGGCUAUCGUAAUCCAGUCGCUGCAGCUUCCCGGGACGGUACAGGGUUGGGUUUGUGGAUUGUAAAGAAAAUAGUCGAUUACCACGAUGGCAGUAUUAUUUGCUAUUCUGAGAAAUGUCGUGAACACGCGCCCAUGGCAAAGGUUACGUUUCAACUAUCGUUUCCACAAGGCAAACUUGGGCGGAAAGGGUGGUGUGCAUGA